CCUGUGCCUACCCGGGUUGAUCGUCAUCGUGGUCCAGGCGUCGACUGGCUGCUUGCUGUGUUGCCCCGGAAGUUCGUUCUUCAUUUGGGCACUAGUCAACCCCUCCGAGCGGUAUUCGCUUUCUGUGGCGCUCUCGGGGCUUCGUGCAGACGAAACCCACCCCUCCAAGGGAUCUUCCGGUGCGUCGUAGCUCGGAAGUCAAGUUCGGUUCUCGUCUACGACUCAUGCAGGCUGAUUGCCUUGUUGCGGAACCGGCUCGCGCGACUUAACCUACCUAAGAAGAAAUGAUGGGAUACAAUAUCACUCGCUCUGCGGAAGAACUUUUGGGCAAAUAUGAAUCUUCUCCACCAUCAUUUUCAAUUCAUCUGUAUCCUGAUCAUUGGACACUCAACAACGGACCCAAAUUUCUAUAUAACAGCCCUGUUGCGUCGUUCUUGGACGACAUACGUGCGCACAGAAUACCUGUGGAUUUCAGCUGCAUGAUAGUUGAGCUGCUUGACUAUCGUCCGAAGAGAGUAAAAGACCCACCGCCGGAGAAACCUGAACGUAGUCGCAUAACGUUGCACCCUAGUGACGAAACGCUGUGGACAGACCUCUGUCUCAUAAACCAACGUCAUGGAUCCAAGUUUACUAAUUUUGAUGUUUUGGAGCUGGAAGCACGAAUACUGCUACACACAGCACCACCCCUUUGUCUUGACCCGGAUCCUCACCUCACUCGCGUAGCUAACCACACCCUGAGGGUCUCGAACGCCCACUGCUCGGCGCGCGAAGAUCAUGCAAUUCAUGAACCCGAGAAUAAAUCAUUCACAUCCUGCGAGGUAUGUCGAACAGGCGAUGUCGAUGAUAAUGAUCGUAAAUGUGUUCUUCGUAGUUAUCGAAUACUGGAGACAUUACGACGCAUGCGAGAAAGCCGUCAGGCAGAGGCUCACACGCAAGUGACUGGAUUUGCGAAAGUACCAUCACAACAGCUUCCGCCUGCUGCUCUCCAACCGGCCACCCCAUCUUUGGCAGUGUCCGCUUCUCACCCUCACCCACCGGCCCCUUCUUCACAACCGGGCGAUAUCACCCAAAUGCGCCAGUCGAAGAAACCCGACAGGCAAAUGACCCCAGAGAAUUCGCGUUCAACCGCAACUCCUGCCCCUCACCCUAUCAUUAAUCAACUUCAAACCCAAACCCCUACGAGGUCCCCACCCGUAAACUCUCGUUCACCCCUUCCUGCGCAUGCAUAUCAGGUGCCUGCAGGCACACCUAUCACUGCCCACUCGCCCGGACAGCGCGGGUAUACUCAGUCCCCUCGACCUCCAUCUGCUCAAGCCGCUCGUUCAUCCCCUCUUGCAUCAGGUUCGCAACUUCCUCAUACAGAUCACCGACAGCAACCAACUACGCACUUUAUACAAGUAGCGCCGGCUACUUCACAAUCGAAGCCCGCGACUCCGCAGGUUGGCUACUCGACAUUACCCGCUCCCACACCCCCACCCCAGCAUGGGUCGCUUCAGCAGACUGCGCAGAUACCGAUGCUACAACCUGCUCUUCCGCAGCCUCAAGUACAAGCUGCACAAGCAGCCCAGUCUUCUAUUCCAGCCGUUUAUGCUCAUUUACAACGUAGCAACCCUUCGCAGGUAUCCCAAGCUCAGAUCGCUGCUCAGGCCAGGCAACAGAAUGGGAGAGCAACGCCACAGGGUGCUGUAACCUCCAGGAGUCCUAUGGUUUCCGCACAAGGCGUGCGGAAUAGUCCCGUAAUACAGAACCAGGCGCUCGCAGCGCGGUCGCCGAUGCCGAAUACGGCCUCUCUACCGCAACAGGUGGCCCAAUCCACCAUACUGCAACCCGGCAUGACACAGCCGACCAUGAUGCAAGCUACUCAGCAACCGGCAGUGGCACUAACUACUCAACACCCGAUCAUGGCACAACCUGCUCAGCAUGUCAUGUCUGCUUACAAUCUUGCACAGUACCACCAGAUAACUCACCCUGCGGUUGCCCAACAUCCUCAAAUACAAGUCCACCUACCAGGCCAGCCAGGGAAUGUUGCUCAACAGGUGUCAGAUGGGCAACAGGCGAUGAUGAUGCAAUAUUCUAUGUAUUCGUAUUAUCCUCAGCUGGCAGCGACCGGCAGACGUCCGCAAAAUUCGUAUAGAAUGCCGACUCAAGUCAACGGGCAGGUACCCGGAAUGCAGCCCGGUCUCCCGCAGAUUCAGGGGAAAACAACUCAAGCUGGUGUUCCUGGUCGAUGAAGCUCUGCAUUUUUUCGUGUGUUGUAUACUGUAAUAUUUGGGUACGAUCGAGGGCUUGGUUUUUGUACCACGACAUACUAGACACUUUCGUCCUAUCUUACGAUGUAGUAAUACCUUUUUCGUUGUACAGAGAGGUGGAUA